CCUGCCCCAGGAGCAGCCUGGCCAAAACGGGGCUACGCUUUGGCUGCGCUGCUACGUCCUGUCACGCCAAGGAAGGAUCUGUCUGCCCCCGCCCCGCCCCGGGCGCUCUGCCCGGCCGGACCCCCGUGUGGCUACCCCGGGCUGGGCGGUGGCUUUUUCCGGGGACCCCCGUGGCUGCAGGGGCCGAGGGCGCAGGGGUGGGCGGCUCCCCGUAGGGCUGUAGAUGGGGCCUGGCUGCCCCUCACCCUCCCCACGUAUCCCCGCCACGGCGCCACCCCUCCCCCGGCUGCGCCCUGCCCGGACCUGCCCGCGGGGGAAAGGGCGGCGGCGGAGCAGCGUUUCCGGGUCGCGGCGGGGCCGGGAGGCGGAGUGGGCGGCAGCGUCGCUGGGAGACGCCAUGGCCUUGUGGUGGCGGCGCUGCUGCUUCUCCCGGGCGCCCGCGUUCGGCUGCCUCCGGAGCCUGCUGGAGGCCGCCGGGCCGCGACUCGGGUCCGGGUCCCGGGCGGGCUGGGCCGUGGGGGCAGCCGAGAUGCAUUAUUUUCUGGGGAGAAGUUCAGUUUUGUCAUUUCCAAAAAUUCGUAGUAUAUUUUUGCGGUUUCAUCAUACAACAACCUCACGACCAUGCAGCUGUAGUAAAACAGUUACUGAUGAAAAAAUCAAGGAUCCUUUUAAACUUGGUAGGAAAGACUUGAAGAAUCUGUAUGAGGAUAUUAAAAAGGAAUUACUUGUAUCUACAGCAGAACUUAGAGAAAUGUGUGAAUAUUACUUUGAUGGAAAAGGAAAAGCCUUUCGACCAAUGAUUGUGGUGCUAAUGGCAAGGGCGUGCAAUAUUCACCAUAAUAACUCCGGGGAGGUGCAAGCAAGCCAACGCUCUGUGGCCAUAAUUGCAGAGAUGAUCCAUACUGCUAGUCUAGUUCAUGAUGAUGUCAUUGAUGAUGCAAAUUCUCGGAGAGGAAAAAUGACUGUUAAUCAAAUCUGGGGGGAGAGAAAGGCUGUUUUAGCUGGUGAUUUUAUCCUUUCAGCAGCUUCUGUUGCUUUAGCAAGAAUUGGAAACACUACUAUUAUAUCGGUAUUAAGUCAGGUGAUUGAAGAUUUGGUGCGUGGUGAAUUCCUUCAGUUGGGCUCCAAAGAAAAUGAAAAUGAGAGAUUUGCUCACUACCUCGAGAAGACCUUUAAGAAGACUGCAAGUCUUAUCGCAAACAGUUGUAAAGCAGUUUCCAUACUAGGCUGCCCUGAUCCAAAAGUUCAUGAGAUUGCAUACCAGUAUGGAAAAAAUGUUGGCAUAGCUUUUCAGCUAAUAGAUGAUGUGCUAGAUUUUACAUCAUGUGCUGACCAGUUGGGGAAACCAGCAGCAGCGGAUCUCAAACUUGGAUUAGCCACAGGCCCUGUUUUAUUUGCUUGCCAACAGUUUCCAGAAAUGAAUGCUAUGAUCAUGAGGAGAUUCAGUUUGCCAGGUGAUAUUGAACGUGCUCGACAAUAUGUACUUCAGAGUGAUGGUGUACAACAAACAACCUACCUCGCCCAACGCUACGGCUAUGAAGCAAUGAAAGAGAUUAGUAAACUGCGACCAUCCCCUGAACGAGAUGCCCUCAUUCAGCUCACAGAAACUGUACUCACCCGGGACAAGUGAGACACCUUCUUCCACUCAUACUGGCAGCUACUUACCAGACUGUGCCUACAAAACUACAUUUCAAAACAUCUUGGUUUGCUUCCAGUGCUGGUUACCAAAAAUUUUUUUUAAUAUUUUCUGAAAUUAAUAUACUUUACGUUUAUGAAGAUGUUUGAGGGAAGCCAUACAACUAUGAAACAAUCAAUCUGUUAAAUUCUGUCUAAAUGUGUUUUAAUAAGGGCGUUUAUGUUGGGGAAAGUAUUGUUUACACUUAAUAUUGAUGUAUAAGGCCACAAUGAGAAUAAAUCAGUUAAAAUUAA